AUGGUGACGCCGCCUGGGGCGGUCGCGGAGUCCAAGGGAACCCUCGGCGGCGGCUCACAUGCAUUGCCAAGUGCAGACAUUCACGUUGGUGCUUUAGCGUGGAUUCAGAACGAAGACUAUGGUUUCUCAACAGUGAAUGUAUCAUAUGUGGACUCAAGUACCAGACGGGCUUUUGUGGAGGUUCAUCCCGAGGAUGCCCGGAGCGCGGCUGCGGCAGAGGCAGCCGCUUUAGUGGUCAGAGAGGCCACCUCUCGUGUUAUUACCCCUACAACCGUUGCGGCAGACCCAUCUGUUGGUGGAGAUGGCAUGCUGGGGCAGCACCACAAUCCUUCACAUCUCUGCACUUCACAAAGUGGAGAUACAGGCAGGCACGAGCGCCAAAGCGUUUCAUACGUGCUCAAAUCGAAAAAUUCUGCCGAAGAACCUGGAUUCGACUAUGAAGUUCCAAAUACGGAUCAAGAGCAAACACAGCACGUUCUUGCACAAGAAUGUACAGAUCCCCGCGUCACUGGACCCCAAGCUGUUGACGCAGACACUCCGCAACGGUUUUCCAGCGAAAAAGUCCCCAAUUUUUUGAGCCCCUCCUGCUCAGCAGCGCAGAUAGAGCGCCAAGCGGCAGACGCAGCUGAGACUGCUGCUGCUCAUGUCAGCUCAAGUUUCAUAUCCAAACCACCUUUUGAAGUACCAGUAAACCAGCUGUGGCCGUAUAGUGCACCACCACUGCCGCCCCACCCCAUGCCAGAUGACACCGCCUGCUGCGGAACCUUAUCUGCCGCAGCUCUCCUUCAGCUGUUACAGCAUCGGUACCUUCGUGACGAUAUUUACACCUACGCAGCAAACGUCUUACUGGCAAUGAACCCCUACAAGCCGUUGCCUCACUUGUACUCAACACAGCAGGUAUCCCUAUAUCGGCACUGGAGGGAGGUCGCCAGGAUAUAUCGACGUCAGCUGAACGAAGACCAAAGCUCAUCGGCAGGGGAACCGCCCC